AUGGCUAACCAAAGCUCUGCAAAAGGUCACCAACGCCGACAAAAUUCAGUCCCUCGCAAAGCUCUAGACUCAUUCUAUUCACAGCCACGCGACGACAGCUCCAACGACCAGACCACCGAAUUCCACGACCACCCGCGUCGACCUGCUCCUCGGGACACAACCCUUCCCUUCUCCGACCUAUCAUCCUUUACCCCUCGCCCGACCAUUACAAGUCUACAAAAUACCGAAUCUACCGACUUAUCUUCGAUCAUACCAUCCCCACUGAGGAUCCGAAAAUUUAAAAGUGCCUCACCCACACAGUCGCCGGCUCGCAUGAAAACAGUACGUCUGUUGAUCGCCUCUUUGGGCAAUCCUGCACCGUACCACUCCACACGACAUUCCGCAGGUCAUAUCAUAUUGAAAGGACUUGCCGCAUCCCUACACCUUCCCCAACCGUCGAAAAGCAAGGAAUUUGGAAAUGGUCUGGUCAGUCAUGGCACAGACCUUGGACGACCGGAAUAUACUUUGUGGCAAAGCACCAGUAUGAUGAACGUGUCGGGGCUAGGACUUUUAAAGGCCUGGAAGGCAUUUGACGGCAGACAGGCUGACAACGACGUUGUCACUGCGCUGUUGGUAUUACACGACGAGUUGGAAUCAAGUCCUGGGACAGUGAAGCUUCGUCGAGGCGAAUCGAGUCCUAAGGGACAUAACGGUAUCAAAUCCGUACAGUCGACGUUCAAAUCGGCAGCGGUCCUCAAUGCACUUGGCGAUCGAUUCAUCAAAAUCGGCAUCGGCAUUGGAAGACCUGUUUCGCGCGAGCGGGACGAUGUGAGUGCCUUUGUUCUAGGUCAGGUGACAGCAUCUGAGCGACAGAAACUGGACGCCGGUGUGCACAGUGUCGCCGCAGUCAUCGAGAGCGAGAUUUCUAGGUUGGAAAAGAGUUGA